AGUGUUCAUGAUGGAUGUUUUUCACUGAACUCGUGAUGUGCCGCUCCCUUGAAAAAAUGAAAGUGAAAGUGUUUAGUUUUUGUGUGACCAUUUUUAACAGACGGAAUCUAUCAUUUAUAACGCAGAACAGCUUCAUAUCUUUAUCGGAGUAGAUUCAAAACGCUUAGCCAGGGCUUGACAAAAUAGCUGCAGUAUGGCAGAGGAGCGAGUAAAGGACUCUCUCGCAGAGAAACACAGUGUGAGAUCAGGAUCAUGUGUGUCCAGCUCUGUGUCUCUGAAGAGGGACAGGUCUAAAGAAUUGAAUCCCCCACACCUCAGUGAGAAAACACCAUCAUUUGCCAAAAGUGUGAGAUCAGGAUCAUGUGUGUCCAGCUCUGUGUCUCUGAAGAGUGACUGGUCAAUGAGUGAACCACCAGAGUUCAGUGAGGAAACACCAUCUUCUGCCCAAAGUGUUGAAUAUGAGUUACCAGAUUCAGGAGACGAAACUCACAGGAGCAACAAGAGUGUCUCAGACAAUCUCCAGUGGAUCUUCCAGAAUCUUGAGAGCAAAAUUAUCAGAUUUCUGAAGAAUGAACUGGAAAAGUUUAAGAAAAUCUUACAAGACGAAAACAGAGAAGACUUUCAAACAGACUUUAAUGAGAACAGAUGCUCUAUCACAGAAGCAGCUCUUGAUCUCACACUCUUCUUUCUGAGAGAGAUGAAGGAAGAUGAAGCUGCUGAUACUCUCGAGGAUGAGCUGUUCUUCAUUAAUCAGCUUAAAUGUAGCCUCAAUAAGACAUAUCAAAGUGUGUUUGAAGGAAUUGCUCAGCAAGGAGACCCCACACUUCUGAAUAACAUCUACACCGAUCUCUAUAUCACUCAGGGUGCGAGUGAACAGGUCAACACUGAACAUGAGAUAAGACAGAUUGAAGCUGCUUCCAGACGUCAUCAGUCACUAGAGAUCCAGACUGAAUGCAAACAUUUGUUUGAAGCACCUGAACAAGACGAGGAGAUCAGAACUGUCCUGACAAGAGGAGUUGCUGGCAUUGGGAAAUCAGUCUCUGUGCAAAAGUUUGUUUUGGAUUGGGCUGAAGGAAAAGAAAAUCAAGACAUCAGCUUCAUAUUUCCUCUUCCAUUCAGAGAGAUGAAUUUAAUGGAGAAAGAAAAGCAAAGUUUAAAAGACCUCAUAAGUCAGUUUUUCCCAGAGACUAAAGGACUGAACCUUACAAGAAGCACACGAUUCAAAGUCCUGUUCAUCCUUGAUGGAUUGGAUGAAUGUCGUCUUCCUCUGAACUUUGCUGGUAAUGAGACGUGUCGUGAUGUAUCUUCAGCAGUCUCUCUAGAUGUUCUCCUGACGAACCUCAUCAAGGGAAAUCUGCUUCCUUCUGCUCUCAUCUGGAUCACCAGCAGACCAGCAGCUGCCAGUAAGAUUCCUGCUGACUGUAUCGACCGGCUGACAGAGAUACGAGGAUUCAAUGAUGCCCAAAAGGAGGAGUACUUCAGAAAGAGACUCACAGAUCAGAAUCAGGCCGGAGAAAUCAUUGAUCACAUUAAACAUUCAAAGAGUCUCUUUAUUAUGUGCCACAUCCCAAUCUUCUGCUGGAUUUCAGCCACUGUUCUACAGAACAUUUUGAAGGAGAACAGAAAUAUUGAACUAAAACACUGGGCUUAUGCUGAAACCCUGCAGGAAUCUCCCAAGACUCUGACACAGAUGUACACACACUUUCUCCGCUUUCAGAUCCAGCAGAGCAGACGAAAGUAUGACGGAGAAAACACACCAGAUAUUUCCUGGGAUCCAAACUUCAUGCUUUCACUGGGGAAACUGGCCUUCCAGCAGCUGGAAAGAAACAAUGUGAUCUUCUAUGAGAGCGAUCUGAAAGACUGUGGCAUUGACGUCUAUAAGGCAUCGGUGUACUCAGGCAUGUGUACCCAGAUCUUUAAAGUGGAGACGGGAAUCAUUCGUGGUACCAUGUACUGCUUUCUUCACUUGAGCAUUCAAGAGUUCAUUGCAGCCCUUUAUCAACAUCUGUUUCUAGACAUCCACAAGAAACGAGCAGAAAAAAGCAGAAAUAAGGCUAUGUGGAAUUUGCUGAAGACCUCAGUGGACAAGGCUCUGGAAAGUGAGAAUGGACAUCUGGACCUUUACCUUCGCUUCCUUCUCAGUCUUUUACUCCAGUCCAAUCGACAACUCUUACGAGGCCUGUUGACACAGCAGGAUGACAGAGACCAGAGCAAAAAGAAAAUAAUUGCAUACAUCAAGCAGAAACUUAAAGGAAAUCUGUCUCCAGAGAGAUCCAUCAAUCUGUUCUACUGUCUGAAUGAACUGAAUGAUCAAACUCUGCUGAAAGAGAUUCAGUCUCACCUCAGUAGAGGAAGUCUGUCAUCUGCUCGCCUUUCACCUGCCCAGUGGUCUGCUCUGGUCUUUGUGUUGUUGACCUCAGAGGAGAAGCUGGAGGAGUUUGAGCUUCAGAAAUUCCAGAGAUCAGACGAGUGUCUCAUCAGACUAUCAGCAGUCAUCAAAACCUCCAAAAGAGCUCUACUACAGGGCUGUAAUCUCACUGUUCAGUGCUGUGAGAGUUUGUCUUCAGCUCUACAAUCCUCAAACUGUGUCCUGAGAGAGCUGGACCUGAGUAACAAUGACCUGCAGGAUUCAGGAGUGAAGCUUCUCUCUGAUGGACUGAAGAGUCAACACUGUAAACUGGAGACACUGAGAUUAUCUGGCUGUAUGGUGACAGAGGAAGGCUGUGGUUUUCUGUCUUCAGCUCUGACUUCAAACCCCUCACACCUGAGAGAGCUGGAUCUGAGCUACAAUCAUCCAGGAGAUUCAGGAGUCAAGCUGCUCUCUGAACAACUGGAGGAUCCAAACUACACACUGGACAAACUCAAUCUGGAUCAUGGAGGAGACGUGAGGAUUACAGCAGGACUGCACAAAUAUGUCUGUUUCCUCACACUGGAUCCAAACACAGCACACACUCGACUCAUACUGUCUGAGGAGAACAGAGAGGUGAAGAGUGUGUUAGAGGAUCAGCCGUAUCCUGAUCAUCCAGACAGAUUUGAUGAUUAUCUUCAGGUGUUGUGCAGAGAGAGUGUGUGUGGACGCUGUUACUGGGAGACUGACUUGAGUGGAGAUUAUGUGUAUAUAUCUGUGUUAUAUAAGAGCAUCAGGAGGAAGGGACGAGGUGAUGAGUGUGUGUUUGGAUUUAAUGCUCAGUCCUGGAGUUUGAGCUGCUCUUCCUCCAGAUUCUUAUUCAGACACAAUGACACACACAUUGAACUCCCAGUGAAGCCGCUCAGCAGGAGAAUAGGGGUGUUUGUGGAUCACAGUGCAGGAACUCUGAUCUUCUACAACAUCUAUAGAGACACAAUGAGCCUCAUCCACUCAGUCCAGACCACAUUCACUGAGCCGCUCUGGCCUGGGUUUGGGGUUUAUCCUGGAUCAUCAGUGAAACUGAGCUGAAGACUGACGAGAGAUUUACCCAGAAUCUUCUGCAGGAGCAGUCAGCAGCUCUGUGUGUGUGUGUGUGUGUGU